AUGUUGUUGAAAGCCAAAGUGUAAGGGAGAACUUUUCAAAGACGGCAUGACUCACUGAACGGUGAGAAUAUCACAAAGUGUACAGGCAGCUGUGUUCACAAGACUGUUUUAAACUGACAGUUAACUUUUCAGUUGAAGUGUUAUGACCAGGGAAGAGGGUUACAGAGAAGAAUUUAGCUAUGACAGGAUGCCAACUUUGGAGCGGGGAAAACAAGAGAAUGGAAAUUAUAUACCAGAUAUCAAAUCCAGUGACCUUCAUCUAUCAAAGAGGCUGCAUCCUUGCUUUAGUUACAGAACAUGGAUCUUUUCUUUGCUGAUGGGAACUUGCCUCCUUAUUACUUCUGGCUUUUCACUGUAUCUGGGAAAUAUUUUUCCAUCUGAAAUGGAUUAUUUACGGUGUGCAGCAGGUUCAUGUAUUCCUUCAGCAGUUGUGAGCUUUGCUAUAGCAAGGAAUAAAAUUAAUGUGAUACCAAAUUUUCAGAUUCUAUUUGUCUCUACAUUUGCUGUAACAACGACGUGUUUAAUUUGGUUUGGAUGCAAACUUGUCCUCAAUCCAUCAGCCAUAAAUAUAAAUUUCAACUUGAUUCUACUUAUUCUGCUGGAAAUCUUCAUGGCAACUACUGUGAUCAUUUCAGCUAGGUCUACUGAAGAGUGCUGUACGAGAAAGAAAAAUACUGCAUAUGACAGUACCAUCGUUUUGAGCAAUGUCAGCUUUCCUACUCGAAUUCUGAAGUCAUACUCAGUAAUUGAGGUGAUUAUUGGAAUUUCAUCAGUAUUUGGUGGAAUAAUUGCUUUGAAUAUGGAUGUUCUAGUGUCAGGUCCAUAUCUUUCAGUAACAUUCUUUUGGAUCUUAGUUGCUUGCUUUCCAAGUGCUAUUGCAAGUCACGUAGCUGCUGAAUAUCCUAGUAAAUGUCUGGUUGAGGUCCUGAUUGCCAUUAGCAGUGUUACCUCUCCUUUGUUAUUCACAGCUUCUGCAUACUUAUCCUUCAGUAUCAUGCAAGUUGUUGACAUCUUUAAAAAUUAUCCACCUGCUGUUAAACAAUCUUAUGAUGUACUCCUGUUGCUGCUGAUGUUGAUGCUGCUAAUUCAGGCAUGUCUUACUAUCGGAACUGUAAUACAGUGUGUAAAUUACAAGACAAAAAUGAAACUAUAUGAUUCAUCAUGGACAGCAUCACAGGUUAAAAAACAGGAAUACAGAACAACAGAGGUUUCCAAUAAUACCUUAAAGGAUUUUGACAAAGACAAAGCCUGGAAAGCAGUUGUGGUGCAGAUGGCUCAGUAGUUUGGAUUCUGCAAAUGCCACCAAUACAGUACAAGCCAAUACAGUAAAUCAACUGUUUGAAUUAAGGCUUAAAAACUUUUCCGUUUAUAAACAGCAAUAUAGUUACAGCAGUAGGAGCCAGGGAAUAACACAGUAAAUAAUGUCUUUCUAAUAAUUUUGAAAUAUAUUGAUAAUAUUUUUAACACGUCUUUUCUGUUGGUAUCUGUAUUCUAGUGUUGCUUUAGAAGAUGCCUUUAGAUAAAAGGUAAUAAGUCAAAUGAAUUUAUGCUGAUGGCAAAGUAAAAUGUGACAAUAUGUAGUAUGCUUCAUAUAUUUGCAAGAGGUUGUUAUAACUGCAGUUAUGCAGUCAGUGUAACUGAUAAAUGCUUUUGUAAAGUUAUGAGUACAAGUCAUAAUUGAUAUUUUUGCUUAUACUUCACUUUUGUAGGAGUUGUGAAGUUGGUUUGCAUCUCAUUGCUUUUAUAUAAAUAAAAGUCUUUAUUAUGUGGAAACUCAAGAAUGUGGAUUGACAUUCUAAUUGGAGAAGUGAAAACAGAAUAUUCUUUCCCACUAGGCUUCCAUUUCUGGACUGUUAAAUGGGGAAGGGGCUUUUUCUGAGUGGCCAGACACAAAGUCUACUAGCCAAAGCAAAAAAAUAGCAACAAACAGAAGCAGUCAGCCAUAUAACAGGAGAUACUACUGAUAUUAAGAGAGUUUUUUCACAUUUAUUUCUUUUCCUAACUAUCUUUAAAACUUACAGAAGCUAUCAGCCCUUGAACAAGGGAUAAUCCCCAUACAGAUUGCCUUUUUCUCUGAGGUGAAUUAUGUGUAUUAUUAUGUAUAUUAUUAUUAUUGUGUUGAUUUCGAACACUGUAAGAUUUUCCAUGUUAAUAGGCUUUUUGGUGUUACUAGGAAGAUAGCUGCUGACAAGGUGGUGGUUUUUUAUUGUUUUUCAGUUUUUAUUGUUUUAUUGUUAGUUUUUGAAAGGUUCUAGACUUUAGGUUCAUUCUUUUUUAAUCUGAAAUAACCCAGAUCAUUUAUUCAGAGCAUGCUGCAAAGCUUGCCUCUUUGCUUUUGGGGAGGGGAAAUAAAGAGAGAGAGAGAGAGGUAUGUAUAGUGCGGAGCCCUUCAGGUAUGCUAGCAUGUUUUCUUUUGGUUUUGGGAAAGCUGAUAAUUAUUAUGGCAUUUUAAUACAUAGAGAAUACUCUUUCAAGUUUAGAGCAGUGCUUCUUAAGAGCAGGUAUGCACCAACCUCUGUGUUCACCUAAAAUAGUGUAUGUUUCUGGUCCAGACUAAUACAUCAGCAACCAGAGGAUGCAGCUGCUGUUUUCUUAAAUACUGUCAAAUCUCAUGCCUCUACUGGUGGUAGUCGUGUGAACAGUCUCUCAACAAGGCAGAUAAAUAAUGAUGAAUCUGCUCCAAUCUUAUGACUUUUAUAAAUAGAAAAAGUUAGUUUUCGAUUGUACACAAUUUUUUUGAAAGUUGCAAAGAAAUAGUGACAGUUCUACCUAAAAAUAAACAUCCAAACAACUUUAUAAAUCUCACACAUGGAUUGAAACUGGACAAAGACUGUAGGUAGUGUAGAAGUUCUUAAUGAAUCACUGUAAAGUGAAAAUGCAGAGUCAUAUGUAGAAUAGCGUGAAUGUAUCUUAAUGGUUUGCUUUCUUUUAGGUGGUAACACACUUGCCUGUGUUUAACUGAAUCUGUGUCUUCAAGAGAUCAUCUGUAUCUUUUCUGUCAAAUGGUUAUUGGCUUUGGUUAUCCAGAAGGUUAGAUAGAAGUAGAUGUUGCUUCUAUUACUGACCUUGGUUGGAAAAGAAAUUAAUGGGGAGUUGCACAUUCUGAAGGAAUUUCCUUUCCACAAAAUGCUUAUACAAGCAAGGCACUCAGGGUCUUUACACCAUGUUUCUGGUCCUUUUGAGGAAGACUCCUUUUGAAUCAAAUGGUUUGAGGUGCUCUCCUCCAAACAGUGAAAACCUUUUAAACAGCUACUGAUUUUUGUUUUGCUGCCAGGAGUGGCUGUGAAGAACCUAAUGACAGGAUAUAAUAGGCGAUAUUUACCUUUCUUUUGGGGAACUACAGUAUUUUAAUAAGAGGUGAAGAAAAUAGCAUUUGUCAAAAAGAAAGAGGAAAACUAAAUAGGCUAAAGAGAAUGAUUAAGUUAGAAUUUGGAUUGACCCUGAAGUAAUAGUUGAGAUAUAUGUCUGUAGCUGAGGUUUUUUUAGUCUUCUUAGAUUAACAAGGGGAAGGAAUAGAUGGGAAUAAAAAAAGAGGAUGUCAUAGAGCUACCAGCCAUAGAUUCUGCUUUCCAGUGAUGAUGAACACCCCUGGACUCCCUGCCUGGACACAGCUCUCUUCCCACCUUGUUCAGCCCAGUGGGAACUGCACUGCACAAUCUGCCAGGUGCUAGGACUUUUCCCUGCACACCUAGGAAACUAGGAGCCCCACCAUGGAUACCACUCUGCAGGUUGAAUUUUCGUAUCCAAUGCGAGAAAGAAAAUCAUGGAGGUAAGAGGCAGGCUUUUAAAACCAUGCAGAGCUGGCCGCUGACAUAAGAAGCCUUUCUCGGGCAGAGAAAGCUUCACUAUAAAUCUCACUCUGGGGUUAAAUGCUUUUGUAAUUCAAAGCAACACCCACUGUGGCCUCUGCUACUGUCAGCCCUUCUUUGCCAAGUGAUCUUAUGUGUUGGUGUUUGACACAGAAUAAAUCUUCAUUGCUUGUAGCUUUAAUUAGGGUGUGCUGGGAGAUGAUCUGUUUCCACAGCAGAGCUGGGAAGCCUGUUCAAGGGACAAAAAUCAUAGCCCUCUCUGAGGUCAGCUUGGUGAGAUAACAGUGUAUGUGCCGUGUUACAAGGGUUUCUGCUUGGAACUGGGUGGAGAGUGCCUUUUCCUGCCUUGCUGGGUUUCAGUAGAAUUAAUGCUACGAGAUACUGCUUAGUUUACACCAUGAGUUAGGGUCCUAGCUUAGAAGAAACAAAAUUAAAAAAAACCCUAGCCCUAGGUAAAAUAAACAAACAAAUCUGGCGGAAGCAUCUUCUGGAAAAGUAAAAUUGUGUGCACCUGGUACCUGAAUCCUUCCUCAGCCACCAGUUUAGCUAGGAAAGCAGAAGGGGAAAAUUACAGUUUUAAAAGCAUUUUCUUAUUCCUCUCUGCUCCUGCAGGCAAAUUUCUUGUAGCAUCUAUCAGGAACAAGAACACACAGUUGGCUAUUGGUAUUUUUUUGUUGUCAUUUUUAGUAGUAACUUGCCUUAUAAGAACAGACAGGUGAGGAGGAAAAUUGUAGUUAGGAUCCGAUUUAUCAAGUUGCACCUUUGGUACUUGUGUUUUUCUGUUAAGACACAUGCCGAGUUAUGGUUAGAAGAGCAGUAUGUUUGUUGGACCUAAGCUCCUUUUAUGAACCUGGGCUUAAAAUAGAAUCACAGAAUGGUUUGGGUUGGAAGAGACCUUAAAGAUCAUCUACUUCCAAUCCCCCUGCCAUGGGCAGGGUCACCUCCACUAGACCAGGCUGCUUAAAGGCCCAUCCAACCUGUUCUUGAACACUUCCAGGGAUGGGGCAUCCACAACUCCUCUGGGCAACCUGUUCCAGGGUCUCACCACCCUCAUAGUGAAAAAUUUCUUCCAUAUGUGCUCAACAAGAAUGAGCGAUCCGGAAAAAGUGGUACACUGCCUCCCCCCUGACAACAGGAAUACAGACCUCUUUUUGUAUCCAGAAAUGUCUCUUAUGUCAAAUGGACUGUGCAUAAGUGUUCUUAUAUGUACCUGUAUAUUCUGCAUGGGUAGUUUUGAGUCGAUAAAAGCUUUUUAGGUCUUUCCUACCCGUCACCUCCAGCAGCUGCAAGGGGAGAUUUUUACAAGGCAAGUGAGCUGAUCUAACUCGGUGCUGGAAGGGGUUGUCUCCUCUGUCCUCUUCUGUUGUGCUGGCUGGUAUCUGAUUAAAUGGGCAGAAAAAUGAUCAAUUAAAAAAAUGACUAGUUUCCUGCUGAUUUAGUUAGCCAGCUUAGCCCACUGCAAACUCAUAGUCGCCAUCUUUAAGAUCUUGGGUAUGACUUCAUACGAACUAGAGGUAGAUCAACAGAAUAUUUAUCUUUUGUUAGUACUUUCUUUUUCCCUUCCCAUCACAUUCCUUGCCUAUGUUUUGCCUUGUUCAUAUAUCCCUUCUCUGCUCCAUUUCCUGUUUGAAAAAGUAGACUUGCACAUAAUCUGUACUUGCAAUUACAACGUUAGACUGACUAUGUAAUCAGUUGGUUUGUGUAUAAAUCACUGUGAAUUGUAGUUGGAGUUAAAGGAGUUUGUCAAAUAAAAACUUGCGUGUUUUGUGA